AUGGUGAAAUUUAUCUCUUACACCCUGCAGUUAUUAAAUUUAAUGGGAAACUUAACUAUUUAUAUCAAAGAAAUCUAUUUAAAUAUCCUGUUUGUUUACUAUUUAGCAGAAUUAAAAAACGAUAUUCCUAACUUUGCCAAAGCAUUUGGACUUGAGAAAUUAAUUAACAUUCUCGUCCAUGAGUUAGCGCAUUAUUUACUGGCUAAUUAUAAAUUAAACUUUGAUCAAAAAUAUAA